UUUUGGUACUUUCCUUAAAUGUCAAAAACCCUUUUUUAAGAACCGAGGGUUUCGAAUUUCAGGUUGAUUUUGAUGAUUAAAGGGAAUAUCGUAAUUGAUUUCAUGUUUUUCAAGUUUGAAAUCUGUAUCCUAGGUUAAAACCUCGUUGACUUGUGAAAAGUCUAGGUCUACGGAACAUAAAAUGUCUCUUUCUUGUUGUUGGUGUUUGAGAUUUUGAUCGGUUCAUCAUGUAGAUGAACAAUGAACUAUGUACUUCUUCUGAUAUUUGGCUUUAUUUAUGUGAAUUUUUUUUGAUUUUUCAUAAUUCUGUUUUUGUAAAUGCUCAAAAACCUUAUCCUUAUAACUAUUCUUAUUUUUGUUUUUACUGAUAACUACUCUGUGAAGUUCUCUGAAAGUUUUCUUCUUUUUGGUUAUUACUAUGAGAAAAUCUUGUUUUGCAACACCAUUUACUGAAAAUUUGUGUCUGAAUAUGUUCAUGUUCGUGCACACGGCAUGAUUAGCCAAAUGCACAAGCUUACUCAUUUGCACAUCUUAGAGAAAUUCUUCCAAUCUUUUCUUUUUGGAAACUAUUUGCUAGCUUUUGUUGGUAACAUAAGUGCCUUUACCUUGUAAUAUUAAGCUUAGAUAGCCGAAUCGUGUUUGCAAAACUGUUUAUUGUGCUUGUAUUUUACCUUGUUUAUAUAUAUAGUUUCAUAAACAGGAGAUACUAGAAUCUUACUCUGCAAAGCUGUUCAUUUUUCUGUGUCUAUUCUUCAUGCCUAUAGUUUGGUGCAAACUGUUUAUUAGAGAAGUUUAGUUAGCUCGUGUGAGAGAAGGGUGUAAUGAGCUGUUUUGGUUGGUGUGGGAGUGAGGAUUUUCGCAACGCUACUGACACUGGCCCAAGGCCAGCGCAUAACCCAGCAGGUUACAAUGGAGGCCACUACCAAAGAGCUGAUCCACCCAUGAACCAGCCUGUUAUUCCCAUGCAGCCUAUUUCUGUACCAGCCAUUCCAGUGGAUGAGCUGAGAGAUAUAACUGAUAACUAUGGUUCAAAGACCUUGAUCGGCGAGGGUUCUUAUGGAAGAGUGUUUUAUGGUGUUCUUAAAAGCGGUGGUGCAGCUGCCAUCAAGAAACUUGACUCUAGUAAGCAGCCAGAUCAAGAAUUUCUUUCCCAGAUAUCAAUGGUUUCGAGAUUGCGACAUGACAAUGUUACUGCACUUAUGGGCUAUUGUGUUGAUGGCCCUCUCCGUGUUCUUGCUUAUGAAUUUGCUCCUAAAGGAUCUCUUCAUGAUACUCUUCAUGGCAAAAAAGGUGCCAAAGGAGCACUUAGAGGUCCUGUUAUGACGUGGCAACAGAGAGUCAAAAUCGCCGUUGGUGCGGCCAGAGGACUUGAGUACUUGCAUGAGAAGGUGAGCCCUCAGGUUAUCCACCGAGACAUCAAAUCCAGCAACGUACUUCUGUUUGAUGAUGAUGUUGCCAAAAUUGGUGAUUUUGAUCUGUCUGAUCAAGCCCCUGACAUGGCUGCUCGCCUUCACUCAACUCGUGUGCUAGGAACCUUUGGCUACCACGCUCCAGAAUAUGCAAUGACAGGAACGUUGAGCUCAAAGAGCGAUGUGUACAGUUUUGGCGUUGUUCUGCUGGAGCUCCUAACUGGUCGUAAACCAGUCGAUCAUACCUUACCGCGUGGACAACAAAGUCUAGUGACAUGGGCAACCCCUAAACUAAGUGAAGACAAAGUGAAGCAAUGCGUUGAUGCAAGACUACUCGGAGAGUACCCUCCCAAAGCUGUUGGCAAGCUAGCUGCAGUGGCUGCACUCUGUGUGCAAUAUGAGGCAAAUUUCAGACCAAACAUGAGCAUUGUGGUGAAGGCACUUCAACCUCUUUUAAACCCUCCUCGUUCUGCUCCGCAGACUCCACAUAGGAACCCCUACUGAUCAAAUAUUCAAUCCCCCAUAUCUCAUCUUCUGAUCAUGAUGAUUCAUCAAAUGUGUAUUAUUCAUUUUGGUUCUGUAUUGUGUAAAUUUAUGGGACCUUAUCUCAUUAACUCUUCAUUCUCAAGUCCCACUUUUCAAGACAUGUAUCAUAGGAAUUUGCAAUACAUGUUGCUAUGCGAUGCGACGGCGCCUAGAGAAAUCUAGAGAUCUCCUCUGUUUCAGUGCUUUGGCUGCCUGGGGGAAUUUGAAUGUGAUUCACUGAAGCUGUAUUUUAAGUAUUUGACUCAUAUUAGACUUGUUCCAAGUAAAAUAGCAACAAGGCAACAAUGGUCAUCUAGUUAUUUAAAAAGUGGUUGACGAUCAUUAAGACAUUUUCAAAAUUCUCAUCUAAAAUGGUAAACAACCAUGAAAGAUUCGACUCCCA